AUGUCGGAGGUUAAAAGAACCAUCAGAAUCACAACUACCCAGCACAUCUUGAAGGAUGUCCCCGCCGUGGAAAACUACCCCAUGCGUCUGUGGGCCAUCGAGAUAUCCAUGCUAAAUGACCAGGACGAGGAGGUUCCAGCCAACAUCCUAGAUAAGGUCACCUACACUUUGCAUCCAACAUUUGCAAACCCAAUAAGAGCCAUCAAGCAGCUGCCCUUCAGAGUAGAAGAGCAGGGAUGGGGUGAAUUCGACAUCCCCAUUACUGUUCACUUGAUUGGAUUGCCAGGCAAGCUGGGUGAACGCAAGUUUAACCAUGACUUGAACUUCUUGCAGGAAAAGUACGUUGUGGACCACCCAAUUCUGAUUCCAUUGAAGAACGCCCAGUUGAACAAGCUUUUGUUGGAGACUGGAUCUGUUCCUUCCGAAGGUGAUGCUAAGCGUAAAAUCGAGCAGGAUAGAGCUGCUAAACUGAAAAAAUUGAAGGCCGCCAACGGUAACGCAGUCAAGGGCAGCAUUGAUUUAGAGAAGCUCGCCAAUGGUUUGACAAAGCUCAGCGAGGAUGACUUGAUUGUUAUUGUGCAGAUGGUCACUGACAAUAGAACCAACGACAUGAACAUCAAGAAUGACGUGGACAACGGUGAGUUCACUAUGGACUUGUACACGCUUCCGGAGCUGUUGUUGAAGAGCUUGUGGGAAUAUGUGAAGAAGCACACAGGUGACGCUUAG